AUUGAAAGCAUCUUCCACGCUAUCGGCGCGUGCCUGAUGGGCAUCGUCAAUGCCAUCGGUGCCGUGUGCCGUGCGAUCAUCGAUGGAAUCGUCACGGUCUUCGAUGUGAUUAUCUCCUGCCUGACCUGUCAGAGUUGUCGGGGAGGUGGGAUGAGACGCCGA